ACUACUAAUUCAGAGGUCAAAGAUAAUCCAGAUUUUUCUGCGACACCCAAUCCCUCAAAUGACGGAUGAUCAAAUUAAACACUUAGAGACAGCACUGGAGACAUAAACUGUUCAAUUUGCCGAGAGAAAAUUACUGUGCGUGAAGAUGGCGGUUCAGCGGAAAGAAAUUGGAGCAAGCUAGAAAGAUUGCAACAUAGUGUUCACUGUGAUGGGAAAGCUGCUGGUAGACUGAACCAAAUACAGAAUUAUGCCCUUCGUCAAACAUUUAUGCGAAGAUAUUUGGCCCCCAUUCACUUUGUCCGUGUUUACAGCGUCGAUAUCCGUGGUACUGUGCCUGGUCACUGUGCCUGGAAAUGUUUUAGUUUGUGUUGCAGUAAUCAAGGAUCCUUAUAAAGAACUGAAAACAACAUUUAACUGUUUCGUUCUUCAACUGGCCAUAAGUGAUCUUGUCGUUGGAGCUUUGACCGAACCUGUGUUUAUUGCCUACCACAUCCGGGAGGCCUUGAGGUACCCUGUCAUGGAGAAUGUUUGGGUUAUUCACUUGACGUUUUUUGUUUCAUAUACAGCUUCGUUGUUGAGUCUCGCGGCACUAACCUUGGACAGAUAUCUCACUGUGAUGUCUUACUACAAGAGAUUCUUAUCUACCGGCACAAUAACACUGAUAUCGGUACUGAUAUGGGUGAUAUCUGUUUCCGUACCGUGCCUUUACUUCAUCACCGGAUUUUACUUGUUUGCGUUCUUAUUCACGAGCGCCGCCCUUAUCAUCAUAAUCAGUAUAUUAACGUUUUCUUACAUCCGCAUUCAUCAAAGACUGAAGGCUCAAAUCUCUCGCUGGCACUGGUUCCAACAAAAACAAAUCAAGCUAGAGGCCAUAUCAAUGGAGCGAGGUCUGACACGAGCUUUCUACACUAUUCUGGGAAUAUUCCUUGCGUGUUUGCUGCCGUCAUUUGUGAUGAUUUACAUCAUUAAUUUUUGUGAUCAUUGCGACUGUAUCUUCAUUCACUGGAUGAGAGAUUUGCAGUUCUUAUUUCCUUUGGUGAACUGCUUGUUAAAUCAGUUUCUUUAUGCCUGGAAAAUACGGAACUUUCGCCGAGCAAUUUCAGCAAUGUUGUGUAAAACAGUGUCAUAUGAAGUCAACACUCCGCAGAUCGUGAACACUAAUGGAAUCAUUGCAGAUGACUCUAAUUCCGUGGAUGAAAUGGAACUGAUUCCCCUGGACCCUGGCAGUCUUCGUAUGACGGCCAUCGCCGAGAUCGGUGAAACAAAUCAAAUUACGUUUUAGUUAAAAUGCAAAGCUUCCAUUCAAUUUACUAGAGGGUGGCAGUUUAUAGUCUAUAAACAUAGGUUGUUGUGGAAAUUGCAUCAACUUUAUUGCCGAAGAUUUGAUGUUCCACAUUGUUGAGAUUCAGGAGUGAAAGUCAGCUAAGUCAGAACAAUCUGGGACGAGUAGGUAAACCUGAGCCCCAAGUUACACAGCUACUUUUGAAGUCUCCAAAGUUCACAGGAGUCUUACAACAUUGUGUUGCUUACUGUCAAAUUUUAGGUUGGGAGGUCUUAUUUUUAAAAUUUUAGUACACGCUCAUUGUGUUCUACAAGAGGUCCGUAUCCGCUGAUAGAGCAGGAUAUCGCCCUCGUUGCCCUUGACCUGCUGACAGAGAAAAUUAUUCUUGUUUUAGCUUAAAAAUACCUUUAAGAAAGCUGAUUUUGGAAUGCAAUCCUUUAAUAAUUAGUAUAUUCGCCCUUGUUUUCUGUGAGCGAUGGUGAACUCAGCUGCGCUUUCUUGGCUAUUCCGCCUCCGUUAGAAAACUCAUCCCUGUAUCCAAUUGUUAUGUAAAAUAAACGCAGCGUAAGAAAUGUAUCGUAGCGUUGUAAUUAAGGUUCGAAAGACAAUGUAACCACAAACAGAGCCAGAAUUCACAAUAACCAUGAUUAUUAUAUUGAACAGCUACAGAAUACGAAGCUGUGUAUGAUAUGACAUGCUGACAUAAUUCUCGAGCUAAAAGUAGCAACUUAAAACGCUAUUUUUUGGCUGUUUUAUUUUCUCUUCCGCAGUGUUUUAGGGUUUCCCGGCGGUAUAUGUAGAUAGCAACCAUUCUUUUCCCUUUCUCUGUGUCAUGUUGAUGUAACAAUGGCUUUUUAUCGCUUUCAGUUAGUUACAGUAGUAUUAUGUACUCGCGACUGAAAUUUUGCUUCGGUUUGAAUCAGCGUUUUAGAUCUAUAAACCUGUCCUGUUUAGAAAUGUUUUGGCCGAGAAAUUGAAGAAAAAGAACAAUAAUUGAAACGGAUGCAGGAUAGAGUUUUCGAGUUUUCUGAGAUCUGUCACUUCAGUGCCAAAUGGUUCAUAACUGAGCACUGAACUAGCGUCUAAUUUAUGUGCGAUACAUCCUCGACGCGAAUGAAGGUUAUACACAAAAAUGACCGAAAUCUGUUUCUCACAGUUUAUCUUUUUAUGCAUUUUUUUUUUCAUUUAGCACUAUUACGAGAAACGUAAGGAGACCGACAAAGGUAAUUUGUUUGUUGACAUCAGGGCCUGGAUUAUCAUUUAUCGUGUAUUGUGAGCAGCUCAGCUAUUGAAUGUGGACACACUUGGAGUUUGUCCACUGUGUGAAAGACUAGCAUGUCUCUUUGCAUGUCAGUUUUUUUUCCUUUUUUGCUGUUGUUCUGAUUAUUCCUUUAUGUCAGUUUUGUUUUCUUAUUUUGCUGUUGUUUUGAUUAUUGCUUAUCACUUAUUUAUUUCAGUCUCGAAUACCAUUUCCCAUAAAGAAUUACGAAUUUCCUCCACUUAGGUUAUCCGAACGAAUUUCUUUCGAAUAUAAGUAGAUAAAGCAAAUGGCUAUUUAUUUGUUUUGUGUGUUUGUUUCUAGGAAAUAAAUACCUUGUUGCUGUGAAA